GUCACCAAAAGAAGAUCAUGCUGGCUGUCAAGAAGCUGACAGAUCUUUGUAAGAGUCAGAGCCAGGCUGAAGUCAGCACUCUUAGGCGCAAGAUCCCUGGUGCUUUGGAAAUAGUCACCAUUGAGACUGUGGAGAAUGGGGAGUGCCACUCUCCUCUCACCCCCAAAAUGACCACUUUUCAGGACAGUGAGCUGAGCCAUGAGCUCCAGACAGCCAUGUCCAACAGCUGCCAAGAGACAUUGACCAUCAAGAGUACACAAGGCAUGUCACGGAGCCAAGAGAGCAUUGGUGCGCGAUCCAGAGGAUCAGGACAUUCCCAGGAAAACAUGCUAUCCCAAAGCACCUCCUCUAGCCAUUCUCAGGAGAGUUUGGGUAGCGGUGAAGGGAGCAGCGGGAGCAGUGGAGGGCAUUCUUUCACCCAGCCCCGUCCUGUGGAGAACUCUGCCAGCGUCCAGGGUCAAUCCAGUCCAGACCACUAUGGGAAAUUCAUUCCAUUGCUCAAUGGACCAGAUGGAGUCAAUGGCUAUUCUGGCAGUUGUGUGGGAAGUCCCCUGAAGGAAAGAAAUCUGCCUGAGGGGAUGGAUCACUACCAGAGACCAGGUGCUUCACCAGAGCCAUCAAGCCCCCUACCAGUUCCAUCCCCCUGCAUAUCGCCCCACACCACCAGCAAGGGAACAGCCCCGUACGUCUUCAUGUAUCCCCACGUGUCACUGAAGGCCCCGUCCGCUCCUUCGCCUCCUGUGCCUGAGCAGGCCAAGGCAUCUACCCACUUGUCGGUCCAGAGGACCAUCCUCCAGUCGACUGCCCAGAAAGCUUUCUCCUAUCUCCAUUCCCACUGCGGCCCUACAGAGCCACCUCAGGUGCCCCCAAAGCCUAGGCCUGAGCAGCAAAAUGGCGAAGGCUUUAAGCACAAAAAACGCUCGCACAGCUUGAACCGCUAUGCACUGUCUGAUGGGGAACCUGAUGAGGAAGAGCCAACCAGUAGCUCAGUGGGCUCUUACGCUACCCUAACCAGGCGGCCUGGGCGCAGUCAGGUUUCACGGACACAACCACCCUCAGAUGCUAAAGUCUUGCGCAGUCAGUCUUUUGCUAUCCGUGCCCGGAGGAAAGGACCUCCUCCUCCUCCUCCUAAACGCCUCAGUUCGGUCUCCAGCCCUCCAGCUGUUGAUGCAGAGUUUGAACAAGGCCAACAGUCACAGAAUGGAUCCUUGCUGUCCCAGGACGAAGGGGAUAAUGCUAAUGACAGAGCUUGCCUUGUGAAAAAUGCAGCUACUAAGCUUGAUAGGCCAAUCUAUGAUGGGAGCCCAACCCAGCCUCUUCAGUCCCCACAGAUCCCCAGUUGUGGUCAGGAAGGUACCAAGAAAGGUAGCCUACACAAUUCAGUUCAAGGAAGCCUUGGUAACCCCAAUGCCAUGAAUGGUAGAAACCAAGUUGAAAAUAACACUCCCAGGAGACGAACAUUCAGUGAAUCGGCAGUUGCCAUGACAGAGGCUGUGCAGCACAGCCAUGAGGACAUCCGAUCAGACACUGAGGAAGACAUUCCAGUUGAGAAGGAGGACUGUACCAAAUCCCCUUGUUCCUCCCAAAACAGCUCCAGUGAGUGCAUUCCCUUUGCAGAAGAAGGCAACCUAACCAUCAAACAGCGACCAAAGCCUUUUGGGCAGCUCAAGGCAGAUGCCCCCAUUCCAGACUCGGACUCUGCUCCUGCUCAGCCCCAUGGGAAAGAGCCUCAAGGGGCUUCAGCAAAAGAAGCCCCUGUGUUGGAAUUCAAUCUCACAGAGUCGGACACGGUCAAGAGGCGGCCCCGGUGCAAAGAGAGGGAACCUCUCCAGAAUGUACUGAAGGCAUUUGGCAUGGCCACCCCAGGCCCAGGCACAACGACCACAGCGCCACAGUAUGCCCAGGCCCAGACAGUAAGCAUCAGUGGGCCUUCACUGCAUGUGAUGGAACCACUCCCUACCACAGACCCUUUGGAGGAUGACAGCAUGGCUUUCCAAAUAGGUGAGAUAGAGAAAAGCAUCCUGUCUCUGGAGCGGGGAAUUAACAAGCUGCCUGUCUCUUUGAAACCAGCCAGUCCGGGGCCACUGCAGAGUGAGAAGCAUGGAGGGUCAGUCCAGCUGAGAAUCAGUGCAGCCACAGUAACAGACAUGACAGCCAUGCCAACAUCCAUCGCUUCCACCAAGCUGGUAUUUUCAGGACCCAAAACCAUCUAUCAGCAAAUCUUGCAAAACUCUCACCACACAAGUCCCCCCAGGGCAACCACAGAGACGGUGUCAGAAAUAACAAGUCCCUAUCCCAUGAAGCUGGGGCUCAGCAAUAAGCCUGCCUUCAGUUUUGGGAUGCCCCUUCCACCAAGACCUUCAAGCAUCUGUCCAGAUGCAGUACAUACUCAGCAGCGUCUGGAACAAACCAGUUCAUCUUUGGCAUCCACACCUGAGGUUGCCGAAAAGGAGAUCAUUGCAGAGGAAGCAGACAGCUGCUAUGGGACAACACACUCAGCCAAGAACAUUCUUGAAGACAUCAGCAACAUGUUCAAUGACCUAGCUGAGCAGUUGGAUGCUAUGUUGGACUGAGCACCCACUUCUCUGCAUGCAUUGUUAUAGGGUCAUGCUUCUAACCUGACAUGUAUGAUGGCUGGACAACCUUGGAUGAUGAGUCUCACAAGUACUUCUAGCUUCUCCUUCCUGCACGUUAGCAUCUUGCUUACUCGACACGUCAUGCUGGAUACAGGCUCCUAGGUCUUUGUUUCCAGCUGGAAACCACUUAUAGCCACUUAUGCUCUGGUGCCAUUCCUUUGACACAAGAUGAAGCAAGCACACCAAUGCAGAUUGACCUGGUUUCUACCUGUACACCAGAGCAACUGUACCAGCCUUAUGAAUUGAUGAUACACACCACACUGCAGUUGCAAAGGGGCAGAAAAAGUAUCUAUCACUCAGGCUAAUUGUGGAAGAAGAUCAGUGUCACUGUGAGCUUCUCCUCAAAUGGUCUCCUCCUACCUAAUGCCAUGCAUUUCUUCUCAAGAGUAACUCAUUAUUUCUUCCUGGAUUUUGUCAUUUCAAUAGUAGCAGCAUUGUCUUAAUUUCUUCAGAUAGUGACAACAGCAAAAGAGCUACUGUCCAUCACACUGAUUAGUAGCUGGCAGUUUGCAGAACAAGACAAAUCCUUGAGGCCUUUUCAGUACAUCAAUACAGAAAACCGUAUAACCCAGAUGGGCUGAAAUCCUCACUUCACCCUUUCCUGUUUCCAAAAGUAGGUGGCACAGCCUGUGGUUCACAAAAAAAUUUGCACGCAACAUUUCAAAGCAAGGUUUUGGGAGGACCUGAAAGCUACUUAACCUUUCCCAAAUCCUUUGGACUCAUUCAGUGCAUGGGACUGGAAGACCAGAGAGCAAAGAAGAGAUCUGUCUUCUGUUUUUUCCCCCCUUUCAGUAGACUCUGUGAGGGAAAUGCUGAUUGGUUUAGCAAACCCCCUAGUGAUGAUUUUAAAAAUAUGCUAACAUGCCAACUGAGUUUCAGUUGUAGCCAUAUUAAGUGACUUUUUCCAAUUACAGUAUUCUCCUCUGCAGGGAACAAAACACUUUUGACAGCUAAUAGAUCUGUUGCCUUUUUAGGGAAAUGAAAAUGCAGAAUUUGGGCUGCAAACUGUUGCUUUGCAAAUCUGCCCCUCUUAGUCCUUUCCCCUGUUCAAAGAGUGCCUACAAGCUUACAGCUUGACCCACAGACAAGAGUCCCGAAGGCAAAAGCCCAGCUAUAGCCACGUUACCCUAUUUCACUUCAAAGAAGGUGGUCUUGUAUGUUUGUAGCCCCUACAGCACUAUGCCAAGGAUAGUAGCUAACCUGGCAACUUGCAUUCAUGUGAUUGAAUGAGAGAAGGGAGAAGGAAGUUGCACACAAAUUCUAAGCUACAGACAGACUAUCGCCAAGGUUUUCUUUUAAUUAUGCCUGAAACUAUGACAAGCGCCCUUCCCCCUUUAAAGAUUUCUGCUGUCUGUAGACACAGUUGCACGGAGGGCCAUGGCUCCCUUCAUUGCUGGGAAGCCCUCUACUGUUAGAGCCCAGGAAGUGUGAUUCUUUAGUUUCUCAGUGACGAACCAUGAAAUACAAGCACUGAUUUCUUAGAAGUGAAAUAUAAAUGGGGAAGGGGACAAACAUAAAUAGGAGUGGCAAGACUUUGGGUUGACAAUGGAGCCUUUUAGCAGGUCUUUGCCCUAGAUCUAGUUUCUCUUCAUGUUUGACUCUCUUUUUAUCCAAUGUCAAGUGGAUUAGUUGGCCUUUGGUUGAUGCCUAGGGCUAUAAGAAUAAUAGCUGCAACCGGUGGCACUUUAUAAAAAGGGUUCCUAUAAAACUUUUUUCUAAAUAGAUUAUACAUUUCACACUUGCUGACUGGCUGAGCUGAUUUUUCCCACUGUUGAUAAAACUGUAAAAAAAAUUAAAGAUAUGUAUAUAUUUUUAAAAUGUGGGUUUGUUAUAUAUUUACUAAUCGAAGAUCUGUUGUAUUUUAUGGUCUGGGUGGAACCACAUUACUGUCUGAGCCACUAGGAGGCAGUAAAAUGCUGUUCUUUCUCCUUAUUACUAAGAGAAUCCAAUCUUUGGUUUUUAUUCGCUCUUUCAGAGAAUGCUUAUUUUUAAAGAACUAGUUGUUUAUUUGAAAUAUAUUGUAUGCUGUGUAAAUUAUGUAUGGAUGCAGUUGAGUCUAACCAGCCUUGGAGCAGGAAAUGAUGGGGAAAUUACUUCACAAGAAUAUCAGACAGUUUUGAAAAGUUUAAAUCAUCUGGUUUGUUAAUGUUAAUCAUGGCUUAUUGUUUUCCACUAACACACCCUACAACUUGAUGGUAUUAAAUAGUGGAAAUAAUUUUCCCUUUUGAUGGCCUUGCUUGGCUAGCUGAG